AUGACCCAAGAAACUUAUCCUAUUGAAGAUGUUUAGGGAAACAAAUCUCCCAGAAAGUUGGAAGACUCUAACUGCAACGCUUAAGUUUACCCAGCUGAAAUCCCAUUAAAAAAGGUCGAUUCUGAAAUUGAUGAAAUGUUCAAGCAAUUAGAAUAAGAAUUGGCUAAGCCUCUUCCUCCAGUCAAGUUUUGGUACAAAAUUACCUUCGUCUUUUUAGGUAUUGCCUCCUUAGCUGGUUGGAAUGCUAUGCUUACUGCAUUCGAUUUCUUCGGUGCCAAGUAUCCCAAAGAUUAAGGUUACCUCGAUAUCACUUUCUAUUUCCCUAUCCCUAUUAUGAUUACCAACUUCUUUGCUGGUCUCGCCUGUCCUGCUCUUGCCCGUCGUUUCAGCUAUAACCAAAGAAUUGCUUAUCUUUCUGUUGCUGUCUGCUGUUUCUUAAUUACUAUCACUUUGAUUGCUAUCUUUUACAAUACUAAGGCUGGUUUUUGGAUUUCCUUCACUCUCCUUUUCUUCUAAGGUUUCAUUGAAUCAGUUGUUACCAACUCUCUUAUCGCCCUCGCUGGUAUGAUCUCCCACGAAAUCAAUGCCAUUUACUGGACUUGCACUGCCGCCUCUGGUUUGGUCAUGAACUUCAUUAGACUUAUUGCCUUAGGCGCUGCUGGUGAUACUCCCUCUUCUAUGAACGUCUGCACAGCAAUUUACUUCGCCUUCGCUUGUCUUAUUUAUAUCGUCUCUGCCUCUAUGCAAGCUGCCUUCACCAAAACUGAAUACUUUAAGGCUCUUGAACACAGACACAACAUCAAGUCAAAAAUUGAAAACAGAGAAAUUGAAAUAGAUAUGGCCAGAAUGAUGAAGGAAAAGUUGGCUGCUGAAAACAACAAUGCUAACACCGGUUCUGAUAAUCAACUUAAAACCGAAUAAGCUUUGUCUUAAGUUAAUCUUGAACAACAAAAGAAAUCAAAGAAGAGUGGACUCGUUGCCAAGUUGUUACAAAACUCUUUCAUUUAAUAUCUUAUCUAUCUCUCUCAAGUCUUCAAAUAUGCUGGUGCCAUCCCCGUCUUCCUUGUCUUCAUCUACAUCUAAACUUUCAUGAUGUUCCCUGGUGUCUCCAUUUUCUAAAAACCCACCUACACUAUCAUUCCCUACCCCUACGCAGCAGUUUGGAUGAUUACUUGUUACAAUUUCGGUGAUUUGGUUGGCAAAUAUCUUGGUAGUGUUAAGGCCUUAGAAAAAUUAUAUUUCAUCUACUGUGUUGUCAUGCUCAGAUUUGUUUACUAUGUCUUAUUCUUAAUGACUGCUAAUGAAAAGGGAGGAGAAAAUUUCCAAAACGAUGUUUUCGCUUGGACUAAUUAACUCAUGUUCGCUAUUACCAACGGUUUCUGCACUACUGGUUUAAUGAACCUUGGUCCCCGUAAAUGCAAAGAUCCCAAAAUUAUUAAUUUAAUUAAUUUCAUUGGUGGUUUCUCUAUUACUUUCGGUAUUGCUAUCGGUACUUUCCUUGCUCUUCCUCUUGCUAAGGAGUGA